AUUUUUUACUUCCUUGUUCCCUCUACUUCUCGGAUAUUCAACAUAGUUUUCUAGUGCAGAAAUUGCAAAAACAGAAAAAUUGAAUGCUACAGGAUAUCUUUGUGAAGAAAAGACAUUAAAAUACCCAAUUACCAAGAUGGCAGAACGUAACACAAAGGAAGGAAUAAUAUACAAAAGCCAUUUGGACCAAGAAAGUUAUACAAUAAGAUCUGGAAUAGCAGUUGUGAUCAAUAACACAGAGUUUGAUGCCAGAUUAGGUUUAUCCGAUCGUCCAGGAAGUGAUGUGGAUGCUUCAUCUCUAUUCCAAAGAUUCAUGGAACUUGGUUUCGAAAGUGAUCUUAUGAAUGAUGCCAGUAAGGAAGACUUGGUAGAGAAGUUACAAGAAAUUAUGAAAGACAAGAACCAAUUAUCGAAAACAGACUGCCUGAUCAUCGCUUUGUUGACACAUGGUAAUGAGGACAGCGUGUAUAUGACAGAUACAUGUGUAAAAAUGAAAGCAGUAAUGAAUUACUUCAAUGCAGAGAACUGUCCAGAGCUAAUGCUUAAGCCCAAAAUAUUUAUUUUCCAGUGUUCUAGAAGACCAGAUUCAAGACAAGGUGAAGAUAUUAUUGUUGCGGACACAUUUAAAAACAAAGUUUCUAUUCCAAAUGAUGCAGACACUGUUCGUAUUCCCAAUGAAUCCGAUUUCCUUGAAGUUUAUUCUACGUCAAUAGGUGACAGAUCUUUCCUUAACACAGAGUCAUCAUCACCAUUUUUACGUCAUCUAAUAGAAGAGCUACAUAACAUCAAGGAAGACGAUGAUAUUUACAGAGUUUUAACAAAAGUAAAUAGCAAAGUUAUGACAUUUGAGCCUGGACAUACUGAGAGUAAAGAUAUGAGACAGAUGCCAUAUUUUGUAUCACACCUUACGAAGGAUUUGUAUUUGAAACAGAUCAACUAAUCAACUAAUGACCUUCAGCCAGGAUUUCAAUAGUCGUUACAAAUCAAGCUAUCAAUAUUAUAUACGAAAUGAAAACUGUUUAUUUGGUUUACAAUAAUAUAUUAACAAGACUGUAAAAUAUUUCGAAUUUUUUAUUAGAUAUACAAUAACCUUAUACUAGUAUAUGGCACACGUUUGUUAAAUAGUGCUAUAUAACUUUUCUCAGUCUAAUAUGUACAAAGUCUAUAUUACAAUCAUAUUAUCCUCGUAGUGUAUGAUAUUGCACUGCAACUGUUAGUCAAAUUAUUAUUUUGAUUUUGCUGUUGAUGUUAAUUUCACUAUUUUAAAAGGUUCGGCUUAAUGGUUUUGACAACUAUAUGAAGAAAAGAAAAGUUCAUCUUACGGCCAUAUCUUAUAUUAGUACUGUCAAUUGGAAUUUAUCAAAUUUCAUCAAAUUUUAUGUGAUUUUACACCAUUAGGGGUUAUAUUUUGCUACUCAAGAAACAUUCAGUCUUUAGACAUAGUUCUGUUUUAUAUGUUUUUCCUAUAUGUAAUUAUGAAGACCUGUCGCUUCAAGAAUCACUACUUUCUAAUAUAUUUGAUUUACAUGCA